GGUCGGCAUCCUGGAUCAUUAGAGUGAUCGUCAUGAAAAUGUUUUCUUACGCGUUUUUAAUCACUCUCUUUAACGGUUAAAGCAGAGGAACAACACUGCUCUAAAUAUGACUUUGAGGAGAGGAUUUUGGAAAAACUAGUUAGAAUGGAAUACCAAAUGGAAAAACUGAAAUUGGAAGGAAUUGAAAGGGAGGAAAGUACGACAAAAAUGAAAGAUGAGGUUCUAACAGUGUUAGACGUAUUGAACAAAACUUUGGAUAAAUUUGAGAUGAGUCUAAAAGUAAAAGCAAACUCUUUUGAGCAAAGCAUUGUUGUCAGAGUUGGUGAAUUGCGAAAAACAGUGGAUGUUAUUGCAGACAAAUCCAAAGUACCAACAGUUGCAUUUAAAGCACGGCUUAAUUCCCACUUAUUGGCGGCUUCAAGAGGAGACUAUAUAGUUUUCCCAAUCACGAUGUUCAACGAGGGUAGCGCAUUCGAUUCUAGCACUGGUAAAUUUACUGUUCCUGUAAAUGGAACGUACUUAUUUACUGUUAUAUUCUGUGUUAGUAGCCGCCAAAGCCUUUACAUCGAUAUCACAGUGGACGAUCAAACAACUCAGCCGGUAGUUCUCCGUAAUGAAAACAAUGCUGCACGUCAGUCAGCUGCCUUGUUAGAAGUCUUGAUUGUUGGCCAGACCGUCGGGGUUAAAGUGUUAGUCAGUUUCUCAACACAUAUGGUUCAUUAUGAUUCAAGCAGAUGGAGCACAUUCUCUGGAACUUUGAUACAUGGUAAUUGA